AUGCCACCUCCGCAAUGGAACAAUGAGGCCGUAUACUGGCCCGAAGACGGUGUAGAGAACCUAGAGGGCUACGCUACGGGCGGAUACCAUCCGACGUAUAUUAACGAUGAAUUUUCGAAUGGCAGAUACAGAGUUGUCCACAAACUAGGUUAUGGUUCCUAUUCGACUGUUUGGCUUGCUCACGAUCGGAAAGAAAGUCGGUAUGUCGCAUUGAAGAUCAUGAUUGCAGAUGUUUCGGAAAGAAGCGUCGAGUCAAAGAUUCUACAGCAUCUUCAAAGGGGUGGUGAUCUUACCCACCCGGGCCGUAAAUACAUUUCUUCACUGCAUGAUCAAUUUUCCUUCAAAGGUCCAAACGGGCAUCACAUGUGUCUAGUGAGCGAGGUCGCUGGCUGCAGUGUUGCUGAAUCCAAGGAGAAUAGCCCCCGCUUCAUGUUCUCCCUGGAUAUAGCUAGAGCAAUUGCCGCUCAAGUUACUAUGGGACCGGCCUAUAUGCAUUCCCUUGGUGUAGGGCAUGGAGCGCCCCCCAUCCAAUCAUGUGCGCCCGCGCACGCCAUCAUACCCAUGAACCUGAUCAUCGUCCCAAGCGACCAGGUCGUAAAUUGCAGAGUCAAAAUUACUGACUUUGGCUCCUCAUCUUUCUUCUUUGGCAAAGAGCCACUGGAGUUACACACACCAACGGCUUUGCUUCCUCCCGAAGCAUUCUUCCAGGAACCCCCCAUCACCCCAGCCGCCGACAUAUGGACCCUUGGCUGUACGCUAUACGAUAUCCUCGGCGAAAGGCCCCUCUCCGAAACCUGGGCAGAUGAUCCAGAUGAUGUGAUUGGGGAAAUGAGACCUAAGCUUUUCCUCGAAGAAAACGGCUCCUGGAACCCAAACUUUAAUAGGAUCCAGACACCUGAAUUUAGACCUUUGGACCGGCGACUCUGGCAGAUGGGGAGAGGAGAGACUCCUCAAAUUUGCGAAUUUCAGGAGAUGGAGAUGGCUAGCUUCAAGAGGUUGCUGGAGGGGAUGUUGGCUUAUGAGCCGUUGGAGCGGGUAUCAGCGCGUGAGGCGAUGGAGUCUGACUUCAUGCUGAAAUGGGCGCGUCCCGCACUGUUGAGGCUUGAGGGUUGA